CUCCCAGAAGCAGGAGGCAUCAGACCCAGGAACUGUCACCGGACAGGACGUGCAGUUCAGCCCAGCACCGAGGCCCAGACACCUAAUGGAUCCAGGCACAUUCAUGGACAACUUCAUAAACACCUGUUCAGACGGGAAGCACCAGACCUACCUGUGCCACGAGGUGGAGCUCCUGAAGAGUGACUCCUGGGUCCCUCAGAACCAGUACAAGGGCUUCCUUCGUAACCAGGCUAAGGAUCCAAAAAAUGGCUCUGAGGGCCGUCACGCAGAGUUGUGCUUCCUGGACCUCAUUAAGUCUUGGAAGCUGGACUCGGCCCAGCACUACAGGGUCACCUGCUUCAUCUCCUGGAGCCCCUGUUUCAGCUGUGCCCAGGAAGUGGCCGCGUUCCUGAGGGGGAACAGCCACGUGAGCCUGCGGAUCCUGGCUGCCCGCAUCUAUGACAUCUACCAUGGAUAUGAGGAGGGGCUGAAGGCCCUGCAGGACGCUGGGGCCCAAGUGGCCAUCAUGAGCCAUGCAGAGUUUGACCACUGCUGGGACACCUUUGUGGACCACCAGGGAGGGACCUUCCAGCCCUGGGACGGGCUGCAAGAGGAAAGCCAGUCCCUGAGCAGGAAGCUGCAGGACAUCCUCCAGGCUCAGGGAGACUGAGGGCCGGACCUCAGUGUCUCCAAGGAAUGGAGGAGGCCUGUGCUGAGUGGCAGAAUGAAGCACCUUCUUCCAAGAAAGGCUCAGUGCCUGUCCUCACUUCUAGGUGACCCACACAGACCAGCAAAGCCAGUGGACUCAUGGAGAAAUAUAUUUUUUAAGAAUCCUAGUUAUAUAACUUCUAGUUGAAAAUUGAUCUUCUGUUUCAGGUAUACAGUAUACAAGUAUCCUCAAUACUCUCAGAAUGGUUUCCAGUUCACUAAUCAAGUGAUUGUUUUUAAUUCUUUCAUAUCUAGCCCAAUGUAAGGAAAUAUUAAUUAUCUUCCCUAAUGUUUUUCCUCUAUAAAUGUAUCAUGAAUAAAGGAUUUUAAAUAAACU